AACCCAGCAUUGAGUGAGGGAGAGGGCAUGACAGAGCGGCAUAUAUCAUCUCCGUGAGAUUCGUUCCCAAGCCCCCAGUAUGUGAUUAAACCGACAAUUAUGAUGCGCGGUAGUUGAAUAUCCUUCAAAACAAAGAUAUGAUACAUGAGUACACAGCACACAUGAACUAGAGAAACACACAAACGCAUGCUAUCUAGGGUGUGGGCAUCACUAAGACAUAAUCUGCGAUAUAGGGCGCAGCCAGUUUCCCAGUUGGUUUGCAACCUCCUGGUGCUGCAAUGCCAUUUUCCCUUGCUCGAUUAUUCAUUUUUUGAUUGCUCAUGCAAACUUUUUUGGUGUUUUCGCUCUAAAUGGUUCCUAUUCCAAACCGCAGCCUGAAAACUAACUUGUGGCCCUUCCAGAUACUAUAUAUGGGGAGGCCAUACUUCCGCGUCCUCUCUUCCGAAGGGGCCGCUCGGUAAUCAACCUGCCUACCCAAGCGGUCGGGUGCGACUAUACCCAGGAUCCAGGUUGCCAAAUGGGUCUUUACUGCUUCCUAGCACUUUUGCACUUUUAAAGCGUUGACAUUAGAUCAAUUCUAUGGCCCACCAUUUCGGUGAUUGACUACAACUGGUGAUCAAUUUUUACCAAAAAGGCCCUCGGUUUGAUCUGAAUGCCACAAAACUGUCCGGGACUGACGAUGUCCACUAUCCUGUGAUUUUUAAUAUUGCUGGGGAACUGAUCUGCCUUUCUUUACAUUGAUGCCUGAUUUUCUUUGGACUCCAUUCCCACAGUGUUCUUUUGAUUGUUCAUGAUAAUGCAGUGUACCGAGAGCUAAGGCUAGGUUGGUCGCACUGACAGAUGUCAUGGGUACUUUAGGACAAACUGCUCCUGAGAACAAAGAUGAUGGCAAACUAUUCUCCGGUCUAUUUUGGAUAAUUGCUCAACGAAAUAGAAACAGCAUCUUAACUGUUUCCAUCUCCUUCUCUUUCUCUUCAUUUUAAGCUC